AUGGCUCCUUCUACGGAUUGGGAUGAAAUAAAAAGGCUUGCAGCAGAUUUCCAAAAAGCUCAGUUAAGCUCUACCUCUCAAAGAUUGUCGGAGCGAAAUUGUGUUGAGAUUGUCACAAAAUUAAUUGAACUUAAACUUAUUGAUGUAAUUUUUACUACUGAUGGUAAAGAGUAUUUGACACCUCAACAGCUUGUGAGAGAAAUAAAAGAUGAACUGUAUGUUCACGGUGGACGUAUUAAUACUGUAGAUUUAGCGAAGGAAUUAAAUGUUGAUUUAAGUCAGAUUAAUGCAAAUAUUGGUGAAAUUAUAAAAGGAAAAGAGGUUCAAUUAGUUUCCGGGUAUUUAAUAGCACAUUACUAUUUAGAAAAGAUUGCAAGAGAAAUUAAUGAAAAACUGCAAUUACAAGGCCAAAUAUCUGUAGGUGAAUUAACUCUGCAAUAUGAUCUUCCUGCUGAGCUCUUGCAGCACAGUGUUUUGGAGCGAUAUUUAGGAAAAAUAAUUGUUGGCAGACAGGAUACUUCAGAACCAAGAACAUUUUACACGGAACAAUAUAUAAAUAGAAUAAAAGCUAAAAUUCACGGAGCCUUAAUGGGUCUUUUGAAACCAACUCCAAUAAAUGUGAUUUUAAGUUCUUGCAACUUACCUGAGAGAUUAUUUAUGUCAUUAUUUGAUCAAGUAAAUGCACCAGGUGUUCUUACUGGCCGUCAAACAGGAGCGCUUUAUGUUCCAUCUUGCUAUACUAAAUCACAAAAUGACUGGGUGAUGAGCUUUUACAAGCAAAAUAAUUAUCUUGAAUAUGAUGCUUUAACUCGCUUAGGAAUAUCAGACCCUAAAGGUUAUGUAAAAAGAGUUUUACCAAAUGAAGAUUUGACUUUUCUUAGUAGUUGUGUAAUAGGGUCACAAAUAAAACAGCAUUUGGAAACUGCUCUAGAAGAGUGCAUAGCAUCAAAGAGUUACUUAGAUGUUGUUUCAUUAUUGCCAUCCAUAUUAUCUGAAACAGAUAUUGAAAAUGUGCUUGAAACUUUGCUUAAAUUAUCUGCUAAAUCAACCAUUUUAUUUGAUAAUACAGUUUUCAGCAAUCAUUUUAUUGAAAAUUUAAAAAACUCCUGUAUGUCUAUGGCCCAAAAGCAUGCUGAAGCUGUUGUAAAAUCGGGAAAAUAUCAACAAUUUUAUCUUGAGAAGCAAUUAGCAAAGACAUCAGAUUUUGUGACACCGACUCAUAUUGAUCAUAAGGCUGAAAGACGUGAAGAACGUAGAAGAAAAGCUGCAUCUGGUAAAGGUGGUGGAGGAACACAGGGUCGGGAAACCAAAACGAAAGCAGUGAAGAAGCACCAGAGAUCAAAGCAAACAACUCAUGAGUCAGAUUCUGAUGAACAGUAUAACGUUGGAAAAAAAGGUCCUAGUCAAUUAGAAAUAGUCACUGUUGAAGAUGUUGAAAAUAUUAUAAAGGGAACUUUGGAAAAUGAAGGUUUAGAUGAUUUACUAACCCAAAUUGCAGAGUAUUUACAAGGCUCUUUGAACCAAGCAGCUUUAGCAGUGGCCAAAGAAAUGGCUGAUAAGCUACUUCAAGAUGCAAAUCAAAAUAGAAAACAAACACAUUCAUCAGCUCAAGAGAGAAUAAAUGUACUUGUGAAUGAUAUUAAAUUGUAUGAAAAAGGCCUCAAAGUAUUACCCACUGAUCAACAGCCACAGUAUAUCAAAUACCUUUUAAAAACUUUCGGGGGUGACACUUUAUCUGAAUUUUGUAAAUAUGCUGGAAAUCAAUGUAACUUAUCAAUCCAAGUUGACAUUCUAUCAGUGGAGCAAAGAAAUAAAAUUAUAAAUGAUUUAUCAGAUGAAUAUAUGAAGCCACUGAGAGCCUUAAAUGCUACUUUGUCUGAUCAGAAUAUGGAUUUAUUUUAUCAAGCUGUUGAUGCCUGUCUGUCAGUAUGUGGCAUGAUCUUGAAGAAAGUAGAUAAGAAAAAGGAUAAACUUUUAAUACAAAAUCAUCGAGAAAAAUUAAUCUCCGAGCUCGAGAAUUGUAAUGAUCCAGCAUUAGUUUUACAUAUAGCUGUUUUGGCAAUAUUUACUAUUGUGACCCAAAGUAUGUUACAUGCUUCUGGACGUCAAGUACCCUCAAUAAUAUUAUUUUUGAAAGCCCAACUGAAAGAAGAAGAUUUUGCGCAAAUACAGCAGUAUCAUGAAUUGGUUUCUAAGUAUUUAACGGCUAAUGAAGAAGACAAAAACGAAAUUGAAGAUAAGCUUAAGGAAGAAAUGCCUAAAUUAAAAAGUCUAGUCAGUGAAAUAAAAAAAUACAAAUAG